CGCGGAACACGUGUUACACAGGAUACCUCCAGGAAGUGUCGGCAAUAAUAAGGUGAAAACGGAUCUAGUAACAGUGACAUUACUACAACUAGAAGAUGCCUGCUGCAUACACUUAUACAGAAGUUGAACAUGAAGAAAAGUCAAAGGAUGCUGAGGUGUUCGGACAAAGCACAGAUUCAAUGACCAGUCAGCCUCCCCCUUAUGAGGACAUAACUUCAACUGCAGUCAACUUCAUACCUGAGAAAACUGCAAUUAGGCCGAGGCAAAGAAUAAACAGUGGUGAUGUGGCCUGUAAUAUUGGAAAUAGUCCGGAUGAGGAUAAGACGCCCCCGCAAGAUUUCAACCUGUUCUCAGGAUUCAUUCAAGCUCACAGCUUAUUGACAGACUUCUACAGAUCCAGGAAAAGCAGAAUUUGUCGGGGAUUUUACGCCAUUCUAGCGAUAGCCUAUGUGUCGUAUUUCGUUGCGGCGAUGGUCCUGUGUAAGACCGAAAGGUUUCGUGACCCGACCCCACUUAUAGCCUUGACCUGUGUUGGUGCGGUAAUCAUCGCUUUGUGGUUCAUUGGUGAUAAGUUCGGAGAGAGGAUACAGACGAGAGUAAUUCAGCCAACGGAAAGAUUCAUGAACGACAGAAAAAGGGUCAUCAAGAGCGUCAAAGUAUUAAUGGUAAUGUGUGUGAUGGCAGCCAUUAUAGUGAUUGUUGGAACAUCUGUAUGGGUACGACCAGAAAACGCUAUCUCCCUCAUAGGAAUUGCCGUCUUCAUAUUGGCCAUGUGGCUCUGUUCAGCACAUCCUACCAAGGUAAACUGGAGACCUGUGGCUGGUGGACUAGUGUUACAGUUUUUCUUUGCCUCUCUGAUUCUCAAGCUGAGUGUGGGAUACACUGCAUUCAAAUUUCUUGGAGAAAAAAUCCAGAUAUUUCUCAGCUUCACAAACAAUGGAACACAGUUUGUGUUUGGGGAAAAAUACACGGAUCAUUUCUUUGCUAUGAAGGUUUUGCCAGUUAUCGUGUUCUUCAGCUGUGCCAUCUCUGUGAUGUACUACUUGGGAGUUAUGCAAGUGGUCAUUGGUAAAAUUGCCUGGAUUAUGAGGGUAACCCUAGGAACGACUGCAGCCGAGUCUUUGUGUGCCGCAGGAAACAUCUUCGUUGGUCUGACUGAGGCUCCAAUCCUGAUCCGCCCCUACCUCGGCCUGAUGACAAAGUCAGAACUACAUGCUGUGACAACUUGUGGGUUCGCUACCAUAGCCGGAGGAGUGUUGGCAGCUUACAUAGAGUUUGGGGUACCUGCUGAACACCUGCUUUGUGCAUCUGUAAUGAAUGCUCCGUGUGCACUGGCUAUUUCCAAACUCCUGUACCCAGAGACAGAAGAAAGCAAGCUGAAAGUUUUACCUACUGGUCGAUCAGAACCUACACCAGAAGAGAUUGAAGAAGGCCUAGAGACCGAUGCCUGUAUACAACCUCAACUACCAAAGGAGAAGAAUGUGAUCGAGGCUGCGGCGGGUGGAGCGUCUGCUUCAAUCAAAUUAGUGGCCAACAUUGCCGCCAACCUCAUCGCUUUCCUGGCCAUGCUUUCCUGUGUAAACGCCAUACUUUCCUGGUUCGGUAGUUUUGUUGGCAUUCCCAACUUUUCCUUCCAGAUGAUCUGUUCAUACCUGCUGAUGCCGGUGGCGUAUCUGAUGGGAGUGGACUGGAGCGAUGCCAAUGUGGUCGGCGGACUGAUCGGGAUCAAAACGUUCCUGAAUGAGUUUAUUGCCUACAGUGAACUGUCUACAUACAUCAAAGCCAGAGAACAGUGUCUGGACGGCCCGGUUAUAUCUUUGAGAUCAGAGGUGAUUGCGACUUACGCCCUGUGUGGAUUUUCAAACCUUGGGUCCAUAGGAGUCAUGUUGGGGGCUCUUGGUCCCAUGGCCCCACAACGUAGAGGCGAUUUGGCUUCUGUGGUGAUGCGAGCACUCCUUGGUGGUAUCGUCACCUGUCUUCUCACUGCCUCAGUGGCAGGUUUGUUGGUGACAGAGUUCCCUGCCCCUCCUUCCUGUCUGAUGCAGAAUGUUACAUCUUCGAUCCUAUCGGGAAACACCACUGCCGAAACGGUGAUCAACGCUACGCUGAUGGGAUUAACAGAUAUCUACAACACAUCGCUCCCAGCUUUAUAACAACAGCCUUCUUUAGGCCUGAAAAUGUCAUCCAUAUUCAUGUUGUCCAGUAGAAUCAUUUUAGGUUUUUCAUUGUGUUUUGAGAAUUAUUUUAAUCUGUUUUUCUUUUAUAUAUAAUUUUUAUAUUAUUUUUCAUUAUGUUUUUUUUUAAGUUGUUAAAUGAUGAGAAUAUCUACACUUACCCGGUAACUGGUGAUAGAAAGCUGAAAUCCAAAUCUACGAUCUAUUUUUAUCAACUCAAUUGGUUUAGGAUAAAGUCCAAUGUAAAUAUCUUGAGAGUCGGACAAAGUAAUAGAAACAAUUAAAACGGGAUAUUACUUAUUAUAGAUGUUGAACAAAGGUAUUCACACUUGGGUUAAUAACAAUUAGUUGUUUGAAUACUUUUGUCCCUGUUCUGUAUAAUAGAUUCAGGUGUUAUUUUGUCAACAAAAAAAUUGUCACAUUUAAGUAGAAAUAUUGAUGAAUAAACUAUUGAUGUAUGGUAUAUAACAACCAGUAUACGAUUUGAGUGUGUGAUAUUUUUCGUAUUUUUUAAACGAACAUUAAUGUUCGGUUAAUGUUUUAUGUUAUCCCACAUGAUUACUGUAAACUUGAUUCAGGUAAUUUCUUUCAGAUAUAUCUUCUGGACUGAAUUUUCAAACAUCCUGCCUUUGAUAAACUUUUUUGGUAAAAUAUUGUUAUUAAGUUCAGGCUUCUGUUAUUUUGAUGAUCAGAUGAAUUUAUUUGAAUGAGAUCUAUAACGCCUAACGAAAAAAAUCCUGUCUGGCGUAGCAAAGAUAAUGUAUUUUAUAAAACAUUAAAACCUGAUAGUAGCCAGACCUAGUGUUCAGACCUUCAGAUUAAAGCAUGUGCUUCUAUUCCCUUCCACAUUUUGUCGCAUGUUAGAUUAUUGUUGCAUUUUCAGUUUAGUGUUAGCAACUACAGAGUACAAAAGCAUUGUUCCAGAUCUUAAAUAAUGAUCUGCCUUGUUCUUUUUACAUGUAUAUUUAUUUGUUGUGUUAUUUAUUCAGUAUUGUUUUAUCUGCCAAUAUUCAGCCAAUUGAGAGAUUACAAAGUUUUUUGACGGCAUCAGAUAUUUUUUUCUCCAUUGAAGUAGAAGAAAUAAUCAACAUAUAUCAUCACAGCUUAUAUCAUUUAUUUGACCAAUCAAAUUGGUGCUUUCUGUUUGCUGCAUUGAAAUCCGGCAUUUUUAAAAAAAAAAAUUGUUUUGUUCAGAUCCAAUUUAGGUGAAGGUAGAAUAAAUGACUAUUUUGCUGCAUUUCUGCAUUAUACAUUGCAUCUUUUGAAAUUGCAUUGAGCAGCCCAUCCCAAUUAAGUUAAAAAAUACUCCCUAAAUCUGAAGAUGUUAGUUUUGCUUAUGGUCAUUUAAAUACCAUGUAGAUACAAAUGUACAAUGUGGAUUAUCGUUAUGUAAAACAAACAGAGCAAACUGUAUCAUUAUCUUCUGGUUUGCAUGACAAUAGGCAAACACAGCUUACGAUAGUAUCAUGUCCAAAACAUUUGCUACAUCUAGCCGCCCAGCUUAGUGAUAUUGACAGGAUAUCAAGUUUUGUCUCGACCUGUUG